GAGAGGAGCAGCGGACGACGCAGACCAGAUUAUUACCACUUCAUCACACGACUCAAAAUCCGUAGCUUCGUUCGUUCCAUCUCCAUAUUCGCCGCUUAUUAGCUAGCAGCAGGUACGGUAAUAAUCAAUCAAUGUCGUCGACGGCACAUCAUCAUCAGCUAACACCACCGCCCAACAACAACGGCGGGCAGCUGCUGCUGCAGCCGCCUACCAAGCUCCUCGGCUGCCUCCGCACCGUCGGCCGGCCAACCAGCAAGACCGACCCGCUCCUCGUCGCCGCCAUCUUCACCGCCGACGGCCCCACCAUCUCCCGCGUCGACCUCAAGCUCCUGGACGUGGCGUCCGGCGAGACGGUCGCCCGGAUGGACCGCCAAGGCAACGGCCACUUCGGCGUCACCGGCGGCCUCCUCUGCGUCGUCGGCGACGCCGGCACGGCCGCCGUCAGCGUGCUCGACCCGGCCACCGGCGACGUCACCAACAUCCCGGCGUACGCGACGGGCGACAUGACCUCGUCGGCGUACGUGUUCGGGCACGUCCCCGCCGCGACGGGGGACCACAAGGUGCUCCGCGUCUUCACCGCCGUGUACGACGGGAGGACCAUCAGGCAGCCGUGCGAGGUCCUCACCGUCGUCAGCGGCGACGACGGCGAGCAGCAGCGGUGGAGGCCGGCGCCGAGCCCUCCGGUGCCCGUGGACACGUUGGACCCCCGGCACCGGGCGGUCACCGGCGGGGUGGCGCACUUCUUGGUCCCUCAGAGGGCGGAGUACGACGUGAUCGUGUCGUUCGAUUUGGCGACGGAGCAGUGGCGGCCGUCGCUCCUCCGGUGCCCGCUCCCCAAGGCGAAGAGGCACUGCCACAGCAGCAGCCUGAGCCUGGUGGAGCUCAACGGGUGCCUGGCGUUUGUGCACCCGGACUACCGGGCCUACGCCAUGGACAUGUGGUUGCUGGUGGACCUGGAGAAGGGCCCGGCAUGGGUGAGGGUGGAGUCUCUUCCUCUAGGCAAGAUUCUGCGCAACAAGCAAGAAAUCAUGGCGCGGCCGUUGAUGGUGCUGGAGGAUGGACGCAUUGUCUUCUGGGUGAGAGCACCGUACAACGUGGUGCGGGUGUACAAUCCACGGACCGGCGAGUGCGAGGAGACGGUGGAUUUCGGAAAAUUGACUAGUAUUGUUGGGUUGUACCGGGGAGACCUCUUGGGGCUCAACCAGUACUAGUAUAGUAGGGCAUGGCGAGUCUGUAUUUUUUUUGUUUGUUUGUUUUUAAAUGAUCGG